CCGUAUGAUCUCACUUAAUCGUUUUAAUAAAUGACAUCAAAUCUUAUACUGCGGAUUCGCCGUGGGCCCACAGCCAGCUGUUCCCUGGAAAUGUCGUAGGGGAUACACGUUUGUCUUGCCGCUGUCGGAUGCUGAGCCGCGCCAGUGGAUGUUUGAUGUCCAUGAUGAAAUGCAGUGCUGCACUGGGUAGCGAAGAUAAGGCGCAGUGCUUCUGAUAUGUAAUGAAUUGCCACACAGCAGUUUAGCUGCAAAAUAUUCGGUUCGAGGUGGUCCAGCAUCUUUUCCCUCAACCUUCUGGUUCCUGUCUUCUCUUGGAUUGUGGAUAACAAGAAGCCUUCAAGACGGACGGGGUGGUGGAGCAUCGAGGGAAAAAUAGGGGCAAUAUGAGAGAGCGGGACUUCAUGCCCAAUAUGGAGAGGGGCAAACCUGCUACUUAUACGGGGGACAAAAAGGCAAAGAUGGCUGCUAAGACUAACAAGAAGUGGGUGAGACUAGCCACUGUUUUUGCAUAUGUAUUGUCCGUAUCCUUAGCAGCCAUUAUACUGGCAAUUUACUACAGCUUGAUCUGGAAACCAACCAGUGCAUCCUCAUAUGCGGGGAAGCCGGGGGUGCCUGAGGAGGUCACCACCACCGCAAACAUCUCAACUAAUAUUUCCACUAGUAACAAUGUAUCAGAGUCGAACUCUACACAGACAGAGCUGCUAUCUUUCAACCAGACCAGGCAGGGUGCGAAAGCACACAGCCAGGCGUUUCAAUGGGAUGGCAGAGCCAACAGCGCGGACGGUGCAAGAGCAGAAAUUGCGCACUCGCAGCAGGAGGAAGGACUCUACGCAUCUUCCCACGGCCACACAACCACAGGAGCCGCGGAGAGAUCAGGCACUCUGACCAGAGACACACAUGCAUCUCAACACGGAGUGAGCCAUUACAUCCCGUCAGGCACCAGGGCGUCCGGAGCGGCGCAUAACGAAGACGAGGAGCGGGAUGCGCACAGGCGGGCUGACGGCGCGGAUACACGCGACCCCGAGCAAGCGGCUGCAGAUGCUGCCACUGUUUCUCCUACCGGGGCCGCCUCCGCGACGAGCCAAGCUGGCCUGCGCAGAGGAGACUGAUCAGGCCUCUCUACCCACACGCACACGCACAAACACACAUACACACACACACUAAAAGACACACACACUGAUCCAACAAGGAGUGUUUCACAUGCAGACUGAAUGCCGCGGGUCGGAUAACAAAGGUCUUCUUCAAACUCAUUUUUGCAGAGCGCCUAUGGAUGCUGAAUUGCACAGGCUUCAUGCACGUGUAACUGAUACCUUAUCCUGAAACGACGAGACCUUUCUUCUUCAAUGAUUAUUUUUCUCCCCCCCUUCAACAACUAUGCGUUUUUUUCCUUUUAGGCCAACUGUAUGCCUUAAGUCAAUGUGUGUCUACUUUACCUUGGACAGCUUUUGAGGUUAUUAGCCUGUCAAUGUACUGUAUAUGGACAACAUUGGUAUAGAUAUUUUGUUAAAUAGAACACAGGACAUAAAUAUAACUCACAGGCAUACGGCGCUUAAAAAUCACUGCCAUUCAUCGGCUGGUCGAAAUCAAUAUUGCAUUAUUGCAUUUUACAUAGGCUAUAUUUUCUUUCAUGGAUGAAAUCUGGAUUCCGAGUAUAGAGGAACCUGCAUUAUUGAGUUACGCUCAGGUAUGUGCAUAUAACCAUGUAAAUGUAUAGUGUAUUUGGUAAUGUACAUAGGGCAGGCAUACAUCUUUUGGCCUUGAUGAACUUUUAGUGUAAUUAGAUAACUUUUUAUUAAGGUUACAGUAUGUAUAAUAGAUAUACCUAUAUCACAAGGUACCAAUAAACAUCCUUAGAAAAUGA